AAAGGAGAACAUCCUAUCCACUAAACUUCAAGGAACAGUGAUCCACUGCAAGCUUUGUUACUGUCACUGAGAGUCUCUUCAUUGGCUGUCUGGCACAUCACAUCGUAUCUUCUCUAUUACUUUGGGCAACUUUCAUCUUACUUUGGUCUCACCAUGAGAUCUCACCAUAGUGUUCUGGUUUUCCUAGUGCUGGCAAUGUGCACGGUAGGUGGAUGGUGCUUUCCCCUGGAGAAAACCGUGUCUGUCACCUUCCCUGGAGAUGUCCUCAAGAACAUGACGGAUAUGGAGCUGGCAGAAAGCUACCUGAAGAGGUUUGGCUACAUGAACGUUCAGCACCGCAGUGGUUUCCAGUCUAUGGUGUCCACCUCCAAGGCUCUGAUGAGAAUGCAGAGGCAGAUGGGGUUGGAGGAGACAGGGACGCUGGACAAGUCUACGGUAGCAGCAAUGAAGGCGCCACGCUGUGGGGUCCCUGAUAUACGCUCCUACCAGACCUUUGACGGGGACCUGAAAUGGGAUCAUCAUGAUGUUACAUACAGGAUCCUGAACUACUCUCCAGACAUGGAGGCCUCUCUGAUAGAUGACGCCUUCGCCAGAGCCUUCAAGGUGUGGAGUGAUGUCACCCCUCUCACCUUCACGCGACUCUUCGACGGCACCGCAGACAUCAUGGUGUCAUUUGGAAAAGCAGAUCAUGGAGACGGCUACCCCUUCGAUGGUAAGGACGGCCUUCUGGCCCACGCCUUCCCCCCUGGUGAGGGCAUACAGGGAGACGCCCACUUUGACGACGACGAAAACUGGACCCUCGGCAAAGGAGCAGCUGUGAAGACUAGCUUUGGCAACGCAGAGGGUGCUCUGUGCCACUUCCCUUUUUCCUUCGAGGGCAAGGAGUACUCCACCUGCACCACAGAGGGGCGCUCUGACAACCUGCCCUGGUGUGCCACCACAGCCGACUACGGCAGAGACAAGAAAUUCGGCUUCUGUCCAAGUGAACUUCUGUACACAUUCGACGGAAACAGCAAUGGCAAAGAAUGUGUGUUCCCCUUCGUGUUCCUGGGGGAGACAUAUGAAGGUUGCACGACAGAGGGUCGCAGCGAUGGAUACCGCUGGUGUUCCACCACAGACAACUUUGACAAGGAUAAGAAGUAUGGCUUCUGUCCCAACAGAGAUACGGCUGUGAUUGGUGGAAACUCUGAGGGAGAGCCGUGCCAGUUCCCCUUUGUCUUCCUGGGGAAGAAGUAUGACUCAUGCACCAGCGAGGGACGGGGAGACGGCAGGCUGUGGUGCGCUACCACCGGCGACUUUGACGCAGACACGAAAUGGGGCUUCUGCCCAGAUAGGGGCUACAGUCUGUUCCUGGUUGCGGCUCACGAGUUCGGUCAUGCCCUGGGUCUGGACCACUCCAACAUCAGAGACGCCCUCAUGUAUCCCAUGUACAGCUACGUGGAAGACUUCUCCCUGCAUGAAGAUGAUGUUGAGGGCAUUCAGUAUCUCUAUGGAUCCAAGACAGGCCCUGACCCCACACCCCCUGGGCCCACCAUCCCUACACCUGGUCCCAGCGACGAGCCUGAGCCCAACACCCCCACUACCACCACUACCAGCCCCACCACUACACACCCUGUGGACCCAUCCCAGGACGCCUGCCAGAUCAACAAGUUCGACGCCAUCACAGAGAUCGAUGGAGACCUGCACUUCUUCAAGGAUGGGCAAUAUUGGAGGUUGUCAAGCAAGACUGAGGGUGGACUGAAGGGUCCGUUCUCCAUGUCUGAGAGGUGGCCAGCUCUGCCGGCCGUCAUUGACACGGCCUUUGAGGACCUUGUGACAAAGAAAAUCUACUUCUUCUCAGGCACCAGGUUCUGGGUGUAUACAGGACAGAGUCUCCUGGGACCCCGCAGCAUUGACAAACUGGGUCUGCCCUCUACUGUAGAGAAGGUGGAGGGAGCACUGCAGAGAGGGAAAGGCAAGGUGCUGCUCUUCAGUGGAGAGAACUACUGGAGGCUGGAUGUGAAGGGCCAGAAUAUCGACAAGGGAUAUCCCCGCUUCACAGACAUCGUCUUCGGGGGUGUUCCCAAUGAUGCUCAUGAUGUCUUCCACUUCAAGGGCCACAUCUACUUCUGUCGGGAUAGUUUCUACUGGCGAAUGAACUCUAGGAGACAGGUAGACCGCGUGGGAUACGUGAAGUACGACAUCCUGAAGUGUACCGACUCCUCCAACUUCCGCUACUGAGCUACUUUACCCAUAGAAAUUGACAUACUAGAAUGAGUAUCCCCAUUCAAGUCAGUAUUUCGUGACGGUCUAAGGGGCCAUCUUGGUUCUAGUAUGAAUAUUUCUAUGGCACUGUUUCUGGGCUGAAUAUUUUAAGAACCUUUCCAACAGGAUGUUCAUUCUUAGAGUCCCAGAUUUGUUUGUGCUGUCUUGCCAACAUAUUGCUAUGCCAUUCUCUGUCUCUCCUGAGGCUAUAAAAGGGGAUCUCUGAUGCGAGAAUUAUGCAGAUGAGUGCUUGUGGUACUGUUGGUGUAUGGGGUGCCGUUUGUAAAGUUGAAACGACGCCCCACUUUGUGUGCUUUUUAAGACGGUGAAAUAUUGCCCCCCCGUCCAGUUGAUUCAGGUCAAACCAAAUGAUACACAUGUACGGGCAAUUUCCUUCUAACUGUGUGAGUAAAUGGAUUUAUUGUCCUCUAGUGUAGGGUCUAGAGACAGAUAACCACUGCCCUGAAAUAACGAUUUCAGCACCAGCAGAUCCGAUUCACAAUCUGUUGGUGCUUAAGCCUAUCUGCCUGGCGCAGAUAUUCUUUGAUGAGCCAUGAAUUUGUAUGUAUUAUUACCCUCUAGUUUUAUUUUUUGUGUUCAACAAUGCAAUGUUGGUUUAUUUGGUGUUGUUUUAUAUUUCUGAACUGGCCCAAAAAGCCAUGUAUUUUUGCACUGGAUGUCACGCAAUGGUGUCUCCAUCACGUUUAAGUUAUUUCGUAAGUAAAUCAAUGUUUUGUAUUAGAACUGGAAAUUCAAUAAACAAAUAGCAUUUCA